AGAUCAACAAAUUAUAGAGAAAUAGAAGUAAGAGAGGGGGAAAAAAACUGCCCUAACAGGGAGAAGCAAAGUGUUGCCAAAGAAAGGGUGACGCUUGUCAUGUAAAAUUAGCCCUCACCUAUCUCCCUCUCUAUAUAAAGGCCCCCCACUUCACCUCAACUUUGAACUAACAUUAUUCCCACACAAUUACAACAACAACAACAAUUUUCAACAACACAAAAUAAAACCUUCGCUUAUUUUGCCACCUAUCUUUGUUUUCCCCCCCUUAUUAUUCCCCAAAAGCCAACAACAACAACCAUGCAAUACUCUUCUCUCCUUUCCUUUCAUUCUCCUCUUCUUCUUCUUGUUGUUUCUCCUUCUACUUCUUUCUUGAUCUCACUAUUUCUCUUCUUUUUAUCUCUCCUAUUUCUUGUUAUUCUUUUCCAAUUACUAUGGUUUUUAUACCCCAAUGAUAGAAGACCACUACCCCCUGGGUCUAUGGGUUGGCCUUAUCUUGGUGAAACUCUUAAGCUCUACACUGAAAAUCCCAACUCCUUCUUCUCUAAUAGAAAAAAAAGGUAUGGUGAUAUAUUUAAGACGCAUAUAUUGGGAUGUCCAUGUGUUAUGAUAUCAAGUCCUGAAGCGGCAAAGAUAGUUUUAGUAAGUAAAGCUCAUCUUUUUAAGCCAACAUAUCCACCUAGCAAGGAGAAGAUGAUUGGUCCUGAGGCUUUGUUUUUCCACCAAGGAGCCUACCAUUCUAAGCUCAAGAAGCUUGUUCAAGCUUCUUUCCUUCCUUGUGCUCUUAAGGGUGCCGUCUCUCAGAUUGAAAAUAUUGUCCUCGACUUUCUUCCUACUUGGGAGAAUAACAACUCCAUCAACACUCUAGUUGAGAUGAAGAAGUAUGCAUUCGACGUGGCAAUAAUAUCGGCCUUUGGUGACAGAAAAGAGUUGGAGGUUGAAGGAAUCAAGCAUUUGUAUCAAUGCUUAGAGAAGGGAUACAAUUCUAUGCCCCUAAAUUUCCCCGGAACCCCUUUUCACAAAUCUAUGAAGGCAAGGAAGCUUCUAAAUGGGACAUUAAGAAAGCUUAUUGCAAAACGAAAGGAGAAUAACAACAUAGAUGGAGGAUUAUUAGGAGUGUUACUUAAAUCAAGAGAGCAAGAAACAUCAAGUAAUUAUGAAUUAAGUGAUUCACAAAUUGCUGAUAAUAUUAUUGGAGUCAUUUUCGCUGCUCAUGAUACUACUGCUAGUGUCCUCACAUGGGUUCUCAAAUACUUACAUGAUAAUCAACAUCUUCUCGAAGCUGUCACGAAGGAACAAGAAGGAGUUAGACAAAGUUUGAUAGAGGAGGCUAACCGUGGUCUUACGUGGGAGGACACUAGGAACAUGCCUUUGACUAGCCGGGUGAUUCAAGAGACGUUGAGAACAGCAAGUAUACUAUCAUUUACAUUUAGAGAGGCAGUCCAUGAUGUUGAGUUUGAAGGGUAUUUGAUUCCAAAAGGGUGGAAAGUGUUACCCUUGUUUAGAAGCAUUCACCAUUGCGCAGAAUUCUUCCCUCAACCUGAAAAGUUUGACCCUUCAAGAUUUGAGGUACCACCAAGACCUAACACAUACAUGCCAUUUGGUAAUGGAGUCCACUCUUGUCCAGGAAGUGAGCUAGCCAAGCUUGAAAUGCUAAUUUUCGUGCACCAUCUCACCACCACCUACAGGUGGAAAGCUAUAGGAGACGAAGAUGGAAUACAAUAUGGACCGUUUCCUGUCCCGAAGCAUGGUUUUCCCAUAAUGGUGCACCCACGAAAGUGAAUGAAAUAAAAUUGGAGCAAAUCCUAGCUAUAACAUUUUUUUUAUUAAUUUUUAGGGGGAGGGCCCAAUUCUGUAUCCUCCACUGAGAUUAGUAGUAGUAUCACUAUCAUUAAGAUGGUGGUUAAUGUAAGUAAUAAUGUAAGUUUGUGAAGAGGCAAAAUGAAAUCCAAAAGGUUGAGAAAU